UUUCAAUGGAGUUCAUCUGGCAUCUGCUGGACAGUUCAGUGAUUUCUUGGGGAGCAUGGGACCAGCACAGUUUGUGGGUCGCCAGACCUUGGCCACUACCUCCAUGGGAGAUGUGGAAAUCGGAUUACAAGAACGAAAUGGACAACUGGAAGUGGAUAUUAUUCAAGCCCGAGGAUUGACCCCGAAGCCUGGCUCCAAAACUCUUCCAGCGGCAUACAUCAAGGCCUAUCUACUAGAAAAUGGGGUUUGCGUUGCAAAGAAGAAAACUAAAGUGGCUCGCAAAUCUUUAGACCCCCUAUACAAUCAAGUGUUACUUUUUCCCGAGAGCCCACAAGGCAAAGUACUUCAGGUGAUCGUCUGGGGAAACUAUGGGCGCAUGGAACGCAAGUACUUCAUGGGCGUUGCUCGGGUCCUUUUGGAAGAACUGGAUCUGUCUACUUUGGCAGUUGGUUGGUACAAGCUUUUCCCAACCUCUUCAAUGGUGGAUCCUACUACUGCUCCCCUUCUGCGCCAGUCCUCACAGCUUUCCCUGGAGAGUACAGUAGGACCUUGUUGUGACAGAUCUUAAUGAGCAAGGAAGUACUAGGGGUACUGAUUCUAUUUUUAAGAUCAUGAUCUCAAGGUUUUAUUUGCCAGAACGCUGUCCUCAAGUGCAUUGCAUCUUCAAUCAGUCCCUGGGGGAGUCUGAAGGUGAGGAUAGCCAAGUAACCUUGAUGAAAUCAAGAUGGAGGCCGAUGACCUUUCUCCAUCCAAGUAGGAGGAGCUGUGGGGCACAAGUCCUAAUUAUGAAAUGAUACUCAUAAGACACACUUUUCUGUUUUUCAUUUGUUCACUGUCAUCUACACAUCUUUUCUUCAGAUCAAUGUAACAUCUUGAAAUGUUGCAACCAUUUAUUUUCAUUGGGGAAGAUGUUCUUUUUUAAUACUAUUUUACAAAUUUGAAAAUAAAAUGAACUUUUGGCAAUUCUUAAAUCUUCAAAGCAAACAUCUGACCUAAAUAAUGGCAGUUUCAGGGAAACUUUAUGGGGUUUGUAAAUUGUUCUUUUUCCUUUUAAAGAGUGGGGAGUAGGGGGAAAGAACUGCAACUAUUUCUUAGAGGAAGUUGCAUAGUACUAUUCAAGGUACAAGCACCAUUGCUGUAUUUUUUUAAUACUGUGCCAAAUUACCAGCAGUGUCUUCUACUACUAUAGGACUUAGGUCAACAAUACUGCUGAAGCAUUUUUGUGGGAAGAACUAGAAAAGAUUCUAGUUCACUCAGUUGCAACACAGAACAUAGCAAACCACUUAGCUGGAACACUGCACAGAAAUUGCAAAUUGGAAAAUUUGUAGAGAUUAGACUUAUUAUUGGAUAUGAACAUUGUCAACACACAAAGACACACACCAUACCUUACCUCAGCUUUUGCUGUGCUUUUUCUUGUUGUGUCUUCUUAUUCCCACAUUCUAGCCAUGCUUUGAAUUUUCUAAUGCAUAUCUUUUGAUGUGGAAUAGGCUUUGGUUUCAAGGACAAUCGUUUAUUCCACUAUUACAAGUAAAAUUACAAUAUAAAAGGUUUGUUUUAUUUAAAGGGAAGAUACAAGAAGAUGACAUUCCAUUUAUCAUCUGAGAGACGUGUGCAAAGGAUCUUGGGAAGCUACAUUUAACAGAAGCUAAUUUUAUUUGGUCUACCAGUGUUGUGAAGCUACCUGGGGGAAGAGGAGGAGGAGCAGUUAGAUUUUUCCAAAGUUCAGUUGCAGGAAGUGGUAAAGGCAUUUUCACAAGUGACUCUAAAAGCAUCAUGUGGUCUUUGAAAUUAUUUGUGUUCAUAUGUGAAUUAUUAUAAUGCACUUUUGAGUUAGUGGGAGCAGGGAAUAAUUAAAAUUGGCAUUUUAGCUUUCAUGUGGCUUUGUAUGCUUGUACAUAUAGCUGAUUUAUGAGUGAACUUGCCCCACUCAUACAAUAUUCUUGAUUCUUCCAUGCAUCAUUAUACAACUGUACAUGUCCCAGAACCAGCAAAUAAGAGUAUGUCUUCUACUGUGCUAGCUAUACUGAUUCAGAAGGAGAAUUUUUACUUUUUAACAGAGUUACUUUGAAUCAGCAGAAGAUGUGGAACCACUAUUGAAGGAUUACAGAUGGAAUAAUGACUUUCUAACAGGUCACUUGUGAAAAUGCUCUAGUCACUGCAGAUUACCUUUGGGAGAGUUUGAAACUGUAAGAAUAAUAUAAUGUAAAUAUUUUAAGUUAGCCAAUAAAGAAGAUAGCUAUAUAUAUACAAUAUACAGCUAGACAGCAAUUAUCAACAAGAGUUGGUGGUGAUAAUUUAAUUGCUAUCCUAGAUUACCUGGACAUUGUUCUAGAUAAAGGCUGUAGAAUCGCCUUUCCCAACAUGGUCCUCCCCAAAUGUUUAGAUUAUAUGGCCCUAAAUUCCCAAGCAGCAUGAUCAAUGUCCAUAUUUGGCUGGGAAUUCUGGGAUUUACACUUCAACACAUCUAGGAGGUAACAUUUUAAAGAAGACUGCAUCAGAGGCAGCAGAUUUAGAAGGUGUUUCAGGCAGGAUCACAAAUUCUAUUUAGAUUUUGUUAGAUGUUCCUUUUAGUUCCCACUUUAAUUAUUGCUACGUUUUUCUGUUCGAAGGGCAACAGUUGACUUCAUUUCACAGUUUAAGAUGCUAAACUGUGUAUUAAUAUUUAGGAGCCAUCUGAAAAUGGCUUCCUAACCUGUAAUUACAGCACAACGUAGUAAUCAGGGGACACCAAAAUAAGCAUGGCUAAAGCAUGACUAUAGGGGUGCCUAUAGAAUGAAACUUAGACAGAUGUAUGUUAUAUGUAGCAUUUUAAUGGUUUGUGAAAUAACAGCCAAAUGACUGCAAAAUCAAUAGGUCCAAUAAUGAACUCUGCUAGGAAUAAUCUAAUAUAGAUAAUAGAAUACAGGAAUGAUAUUAAUUUUAAGCAUAUUAAAAUCAUAAAAGCUCCAGAGUUUCAGUCUGUCUAAAUCUGUUUUAUUUAUGUGCUUUCCAGAGAAUUUCUUUCCUCGUUCAUAUCAGAGAAUUUCUAUGUACAGACUGAAGGAAGAUAGUUGCAGGGUAGAUGCUGGUCAAAAUAUGUUAUGACUCUUUCAGUUUAUUUUUAAAACACAUUAACUAUACUUCAAGUUGAUAUGUAUUCAUAUUUAUGUAUAGUAAAUAUUAGGCAAUAUUGUACAAUAUCUGUAUGAAUUAGAAUAGUUUAGGUUAGAUUUAGUAGUUGGUAGCCAUGGACUUUUCUAACAAUCUUGUUCUUUAGAAGAACUAUAGGAAACUGAUGCAUUUCAGGAUUGGGAACUGAAGAGCAGCUGUUCACGUUUUAUAAACUCAGAAGAUGUUUUGGUUAUUUAAACCUAUAAAUCUGAUCGAUCAUAUUUUGUAUGUUCAUUGACAGUCGCUGUCAAUUCUUACUGCAAAUUUAAAUAUUUUUAUUCUUAUUUUGCCUUUUAAUCAAAGGAUUCCCAGGAUAAUUAUCAACAAAAUAAAAAAGGCAACAAAAGCUGUAACCGAAAAAGACAAAAACAAAAAACCCAAGGACUCUAGUAAGAGUCUCAAUUAAAUAUAGCAAAAUAGAAGAUUAAGAUUGUUAAAAUUCAGAUCUUAAUGAAUGAAAGCCCUGGGAGCAUAAAAGAGUUUUGCAUGCGUGGGGCAAAAAUCACUGAUAAAAAGCUGAGUGGGACAAAGAUGACGGAGUUUUCAAAAUGUUCUCAUCCUCUGAGAAAUUCCGCCUAUUGGUGUCUUGAUCGAGAAGUACUGUAUACAUUAUGGCUUAUGAUUUAAUAUAUGUAAAUGUAUACCCUGCAUUUGGAAAUCGGCAAUGAAAUAUAAAAUUAACUUACACAGUUGUAGUUUAAACAUUUAUUUACUGUAACGUACAGCUAUCUAACCUGGAAGGUUGCAAACAACAAUUAAUAUGCAAACUUGUACAGGAGGGUACCCAAAGUAGUAGAAUACUAGCUGUAUUGAAAUACUUCUGUUAAUUCAAGCUCAUUUCAGUAUGGGCUUUACGGAUCAGGAUGAAAGCUUGUUCCAAGCCCGCUGAAUAAAACACUUUUAAAAUUAGAUGCAAAUUUCUAUUUGAUCCAGAAUGAUUUGGAAUGCAUUAUUAAGCCAUAUACAUCGUGCACACGAUUGUUUUUAAAUGAAAAAUUAGAAAUUGAUUUAUUGAAAUUCAGACUUUAUGCCCUUUGUAAGCAUGCAAUUCUAUUAACUAGUCUGUAUACAAAUUAUUUGCAAAUUAUCUGAAAUCUGUUGAAAACCAGGCAAGGCUGCUAACUCCUCUGUAAAGCUACAUUAGGGGCAGCAUUAAAGAAAAAUGGUGCAAGUGGGUAAACAGAUUUUAUAGUGCUCCUCAGAGUCAUUUUGUGUGCCCUGCACCUCAAUCACAUGCAGAGCGGGACAGCAACAGUCACAAGCAGUAGUUUGCACGUCUCGGCCAGGUCUAUGGAUCCUCUAGAAGAGAGUAUGGCUCUGCGCCUGGGUGGGGCAGGCCACCUGCUAGCCCUCCAUCAAAGUAGCAUCACAACUCAGGGCGAGGCAGGGCCAGUUUUCAGUGCUACUUUGCAGCUAUUCCAUGCUGUGGUGUUAUUGGGCAUAGCAUAGCUCCAUCCCAUAUGGAGCAUCUGCACCAUCUGAGCUGGGAUGGUGCCAGCUGCAGGGUGGUUUGGCUUGCCCCACCCCGGUGCAGAGCAGUGCUUUCUUCUAGUGACUAAGGGAGGAUCUUCCACCUGGCCAGGAUUGGCAAGCUGUUGCCCUGCUUCCAGCCAUCACUUUCCUAUUGCGUGUGCGAGAAAUGGAUGGCAGCAAAUGAACCAGAUGGAGUUUCUUGUACGAGGCUGGGCAUGGAGUCCUGGGAAAAUCCAGAUUCAGUAUGCCAUUUGUGGGUACAGUUUGGAUUUUGCCCACUGCAUAUCAAGGCCUUUUCAGUUUUCAGAAUGGGGCACCCCUGGCAUCCAUCUUUAAGACACGUUGGUCCUGGUUUUGCAAAUGUUUGAACUUGUGCUAAAUGGGGGCAAUGUCAGCUCAUAGUUUCAGCGAAAUAAUAAAGUUAUACUACUACAGCAGACCCAGAAAUGAUAUCAGCAGAUUGUUUUAAUGCAGGCUGCAGGUAUUAAGUAACACAAGAAUUACAUUUAAAAACUGCCUUGAAAGUGUUUUUCCAAUUUUGCUCAUUGCAAUUGAAUGGUUGGGUUUGGGACUGUUACUGCUUAGAACCGUGUUUCUCAAUGUCAGCAAGUUUAAGAUGUCUGGACUUCAGCUGGGAGUUGAAGUCCACAUAUCUUAAAGUUGCUGACAUUGAGAAACACUGGCUUGGAACUAUUUUGUGCUCUGAUGUUCUAAAUUAGCUAUCACUAUGUCCUCAUCAUCUGCCAGAGCGCACAGCCUCCAGGUAUUCCUUAUACAGAAGCAGCCAAAUGGUGUGCACACUUUUACACACUGUUUUUGUUUGUUUGUUCGUUUAAGGAAUUUAUGUUUAAUAGCACCACAUGAUACUAUUCCUUUUCUUCAUUUUUGACUUACUAGAGAUUUUUGUAUCACUGUAGGAAAAAGCUUCAAGGUUGCAAUCUUGAAACUAAUAAACUAGUCCUCAUGUGAUCCUGGUGAGAAUUGGAGGGAGACCUCUGAUCUAUAUCAAAUGCCUUAUGUGUAAUCUAGUCCUUGAUGGUUCAGAGAGAGAAAGAGAAAACAAGAGGGGGAAAUGGAAUCUCCAUAGUGCAAAUAUUAACCAGUUGAUUUAUUGUAGCUGGAAGCAGAAAUAUUUAAUGUAUAUUUCCAAACAGUAGCCAAAAAUGGUAAUUAUAUUAGCCUAGUAGGGUUUUUUUCUAAAUCCAAUCCUUGCAAUUUUAAGCCUUACUGCAUGGCUAGAUGCAGGAAUUUUCUGUUGAGAGCUGCUAAGCCUAAUUUUAAAAAAUAUAUGAAAUAUGAACAGUGGUGUAAUAAGGAGGAGGCAGGGGGAAAGGAAAGCAGAAAGAUGUGGUGGUUACAGCCACAGAACAGAAAAUGAUGGGUGCCUCAUCACAGAUUGAUGGGUGGAGAACAUCUAAACAUUUCAAACAAUAGAAAUAAACUUUUGUGCUUGAAAAUGACAUUGUAUUUGCAUAUUUACCACGUGUGUAGAUUGCCCAUUCCACCCACUCCUUUGGUGAUUAUUCCUAAGCAGGGACAUCCUGACACCCUGAGAUCAAAACAAAAUUUCAAGAUGGCAGCCACGACCACACAAAGUCCCACCGUGAAGUCCUGCAGUUGCAAUGCAUGUAGGAAAAAGGGGGGAAAGCCUUCUAAGCUUAUAGACAUUUUUUUAGCCCCUUCUCAUCCCUACUAUUCAAGCCAAAAGACUGCCCCUGAAGAUGGAGAUAUUAUAGAAGUAGUAUUAUUAAUAGUGACAAAACUCUGUCAUCAGAAGGAAUUAGCAUCUCACACAGAUUUGUGCAAGAUUCUGACCAUUAUUAUAAACAUGAAUGGAAAGGCAUCCAGCUAAUUAUAAUUAGGUGCAGUUUUUCUUCAUCUGUAUACACCUGUCAACAGUUGAGCUAUACCAAAUGCAUUUUUUUUUUAACUGGGAGAGACAAAGGUGGUGUAGAAAUUUGCAAGGAUAAAGAGUAAAGUGAUAUCAAUACAUUUUUCCAUAAGCCCCUUUUCACUAAAGCUCAGACUAAGCCUUUUUCCAUUUGGGUGAUAUUGUCCUGUACCACAAUACGAUCUACCAUGAUAUGGUCUAAAAAUACGAUCUUGUCUUGAUAUGCAAACAAGAAGGGUAUUUUUUCCCCCUCUCCAUAUAUAUCAACACAGCAAUUCUUGAUACUGAGCUGGAGUUUUCUGUAGCCUGUCUAAAAUCUCAGGAGCUAAAGAUCUAAUUUCUGCCAUUUGAGCUUCGUAAAGUCAGUGUUUAGCAUGUUAACCCUGCUGUCUUGCUGUUUUUCAAAAGUUUAGAACAUAUUUUUAUCUGACCGUAACAUUUAAUUAUCACUUCUCUAAUGUGGAAGUGGUUGCUUUGUUUGAAACAAUCAAUCAAUUUGUAUUGUUUCUGUACUCAUGUUUCCUAAAAUUCUCCUUAUUGAGAGGAACUAUUUUAUAUCAUUUUUACACACACACACACAAAGCUUUGUUCUUUGAUUUAAUCAUUAUAAAAGCUAUGACUGCUAGGAGAAAAAAAAAUGAUUUUCUCACAUACCAACUUGAGAACAAAACAUUGGCUCUAAAAUCCAUUCCUCUUUUCACGUGAGUGAUAUAUCCGUAGUUAGUUCUUUAAAAAUGUGUAUUUUUAAAAAGAUCUCUAUCGAUGCCACAUCUCCCUUUAAUUCUCCAUCUUCCUAAUGGUAGAAAAAGAGAAACUUAGAUUUUUCAAGAGUGAAAGGAUCUGUCCAUAAGAGUAGAUGCUAACAGUUCUCAUUGCACAGGAUGCACCCAGGUUCAGACUAGAAGUCGGUUUUUGAAAGAGGAAACUGAAUCUGGAUUUCCAGUGCCUCAAAAUAUCUGAUUAUUCUUUGUAAGUAGAAUUGCUUUUGAAGAUCAGAGAUAAAACAAAAUCCAGACUGCUAUAGUUCAACCCAUAAUUUCUAGCUCUGGGAUGAGAGUUCCGAAGAAAGAAAAUAACAAAUCAUGAAUGGCUUUGUUGUGUAUAUAAUGCCUUUUUAAUGUUUCUAAUACUGGAUCCCUUAUAAAUGUACUGUUUAAAAGGUAGUCAUAAAUUAAUGUAGAGAAUGAAAUUUUGUAGAUGUUGAGGCAGUAAGAAUCUCAGUGUAAGCAUGUGUAGUAGAAUCCAUCUUAGACAGCAGGGCAACUUUUUAAAUGAAAUACAUUUUAAGUUAGUUUAUUACAGGCUAUUUAAUAAUUUUGACAUGUCACUGGAGAAAUAUGUUCUUUAAAAACAAAAAAAAUGCUGUAUUUUUUUUUUAACAGAGGCUAUAAUUUAAUCUUUUUUUUUUAAACAGAAAAUGUUUUAUGCUCUUGGUAUAAUGUAUAUUAAUUCUUUUUCCUUAUCCAUGGAAACAUGUUUAAAAGCCACUAGAAAUAAAUGGAUUACAAGAUCAUCAUAACUGAUUUGUCCCACUGAAUUAAAAUGGAACUUCAGCACAACUAAUAAUUUAACGUUGAAAGACUUUAUUGGUUUAGUAUUAGAUAAUCUACAGUAUGUUAUAAUUUAAUCAUUUUAAUCUGGGAAUGCAGAAAUAUGUAAAUAGCUACCAGGAAAUCUUCCUAUAGAAAUUUCACUUGAAAUUAUAAUUUAGUAUUAUUAAUAUUGUGUAAGAAUAUUUGCAAUUCUUUAUUAAAUCACUGCUAACAAUCUUAAGAACCAAGCCUUUCCUGAAGGAAUCGAUGUUGUAUUUUGAAGAUGAGAAAGAAAAAAAAAAACCCACUUUGCUAGUUUGUCCUAAUCCUAUAUCCUAUAAACAACACAAAGUCUUUUUUAUAAAGAGUUUAAAUAGUCUUACAAGCAAUAACAUUUUUUUUUUUUUUUUUGGUGUGUAUUGGUUGCGAUGUGCAGAUGGCAGUACAUGGACAAGAAUAUACAAUGACAGACUUAGUUCUUUGGGAUUUCAGCUCUGGAAUAGCCAUAUUAACCAUGAUCUUUUAGGUGUGUUUUUAGUAAUGGAGACAGUGCUUUGCCAACAGUUUAAUUCUCAAAUUACUUGUGCAAGCAAAUCCAUUCACUGACCAUAACAUUUCUGUAAGUUAACUUUCAUGAUACAGGGUUCAAUAUCAAAUUUACAGAUGUGUCAACUUUUCUAGUUUGGAGAUCAUUAACAUUUGUCAUUGUUAUUCCAGGCACUGCCACUGCCAAAAUGUGAACUCUGAAUUUGAUAGCAGUACUGCCCCCUCUAAUGGCCUAUUUGGCAAAUAUUCCUCAUUGGAAGAAAUAGGAGCAGUGCAUAUAUUUUUUUCCCUGAUAUAUAUUCCAAUAAUAUUUCUAACAUGACACCAAAGCAGAGAAAUACAUGCACCUUGAUAAACUGCAAGCAGGAAUCAAUGGCCAAACCUGCAAAAAUUGGCUGGUUGUGUGUAUUUUCACAAAAUUGCAAAUAAUCCCUGGGAGCUUUUACCUAAGGCUUCUGCCAAAUGACAGUGGCAGAAUCUACUUCACUGUUAAAUAGCAUCCAAAAUAAAUCAGCCCAGUUUACAAAAUAAAUAUUAUUCUGCUCCAUCCAGUGCCAAAUGAGAUUGCUGUAGUGCAAUCAGAAGGGAAGAAAAUGAGCAAGCAAAAUCUUACAGAAACUUUCAAGAUGGUAAAACAUUUUUUUUCCUUGUGCUAAAAUUUAGCUCAGGUAGCCCUAUUUUUGGCAAUCCCAUGGAAAAUUAAAUACCUUUGUGCUGAUUAUAAACUUAUUUAAUCACCAGCUACAUUUAGAGUGCCAAAUUUAAAAUAGCUGUCAGGGAAUCAUCAUUCUGGGGCCAAAUCCAUUUCCUUGCAUGCUUUCAUCUGCCAUCCCCAGAGGCAAAACAGAAAAGUAGAUUGUUAUUCCCUGACUAGAAAAAUUUACCACUUUAAUGCCAAGGCCUUGCCUGAAAAGACAUAUUGUAUAUACAGUAGUUAAAUCAUGGAAUUCACCAUGAUAAAGUGAUGGCUGCCAACUUAGGGCUAGAAUAUAAAACUAGCUACAAUACCUGCCUCAGCUUGCUUCUGCUGAGGAACAAGAGUAGAGGGGCCUUGUCUUCAGAUUGCACCUUUGGCCACAGUGGGAAACAGAAUAUAAAAGAGAAAGCCCUUUUUUAUAAGAAUCAUUGUGGCAAUGGAUGAAGCAGCCAACUAACUUAGUAAGCCUUGACCAGUUUGAUUAUUAUACUGUUUUAAGCUAAUGUAUAGGAAGUGGUAUAUAAAUGUUUUAAACAAAUAAACGCUGUAUAUGUUCCCUUUGCACAGCAACUAAAACAGGAAGUGAUGGAAAGCUUGUGGAAUUCCUAUGUAGUGAAUGAGAACAUUAGAUCAUCCAGUUUAAACAAAAACUCUCCAAAGUUUCUGACAGGGGCAGGAGAAUUUGUGUGUGUGUGUGUGUGUGUGUGUGUGUGUGUUUAAUCUGGAGAAACUAGUGAUGAAUCUGGAAUUGCUUAUACGCAAAGGAAGUUUAAGCCAGAGUACAUUUGUUUAGUAAAAUAGCAUGCCCAGAACCAAAAUAAACUAAGAGGGAUGACUCUUGAAGCUAUUUGUUAUGUCUUACGUUUGUCUCAUAAUGAAAUUUUUAGGGGUGUUACUUUUAUGACUAGUUCAACAUCCUAAAGUUGAUCAAUAUUGAACAAGCAUCCAGAAAUCUAAGUUGCUCAACCCAUGCAGUUAUAAUUAUGUAUUAUAAUUUUCUCCCUUUCUGUUUUUUCUCCCCAAAAUGAACAUUAAGUAUGGUUAUAUAGCCAAGAAGGACUUCAAGAUGAUAAAAACUCAUAUAUGGAAGGGUCAUUGCUUUCAGUGGGACUUGAUUAAGUCCAACUUUGUCUGCAUUGUACACAAUAGCUCUAGGUGUGAAGUCUGUUAAAAUUUACCAUGUAGAAGGAUAAGAUCUUGCCAGUCAUCUAGUCUGUCCUUCCCUGGUCAAGGUAGGAUAUGUCAUGUCCAUCAGCAUGCUUAGCUUGUGUUAGAAUUUAACAACUAGCACAAGAGAAUCCCAGCAGCUGAGCAAAUAAAACACUUAGGCUACAAAGAAAUUUGGUCUGUUUUAUCACCCAUUUGCAACCACACUACACAGCACAAGCUCUCCUCCAAAUGACCCAGUCCACUAACUUCUACUAAUAAAUACGAUUAAAUUUUUACUAAGGUGCAUGUAUUUCCCUGGUUGGAAUCUUCUGUAGCAGAUUGCUCUGUUCACAGUAGCAGUGCUGUACAUGUGGCAAAGUGUGAUUUCGCACAUAGUGUCUGGCACCUUAAUGUUGGAUACUGUUUUUUGUCUUUAAGGGAAGAUUCUGAUAUACUGUUUUCUUUGUUAAUUUUAUCUGGCAAAUACACAAUGGUUGGGUAAUUUACAA